GAUCGAGCUCAAUUUACAAAAGCAUUUUUUUUAUAGUGUCCAGGAGAAUAGCCUGGAAAAUUAAAGAUGAAGCAACAGUACUCAAUCUCCUCCAUUUCAGUUUUCCUUCUUUUCCUCCACUAUACCAAUACCUUUGCCCAGUCACCAGCAGCAGCCCCAGCGCAGGCACCAGCAGUAGUCGUAGCACAACCCCCAGCCGCAACUCCAACACAGGCAGCUGCUCCACACGGCAUCACCAACGUCACCAAAAUCCUUGAGAAGGCUGGCCAUUUCACGAUCUUUAUCCGCCUUUUGAGAUCCACCCAAGAGGAAAACCACUUAUUCUCCGCGCUUAAUGAUUCAAGCUCUGGUUUAACCAUCUUUGCACCAACAGAUAGUGCAUUUUCGGAACUCAAAUCAGGAACUCUCAAUACUCUAAGUGAUGGUGACAAGUCUGAGUUGGUGAAGUUCCACGUAGUUCCAACAUUCCUAUCCACUUCCCAGUUUCAGACUGUAAGUAAUCCUCUUGGAACAUGGGCUGGAACAGGUAAUAGGUUACCACUUAACGUCACAAGUUAUCCAAACUCGGUGAACAUAACCACAGGACUUACCAAUACAAGUUUAUCUGGCACGGUAUACACGGACAACCAGCUAGCCAUUUAUAAGAUUGAGAAGGUGCUACUUCCUAAGGACAUUUUUGGAUCCAAUGCUCCAGCUCCAGCACCAGUACAGGCACCUGCAGGAGAAAAACCUACUAAGGCGGUUCCUGCUGCUAAUGUAUUCAUUUGUUGUUUUUUCUCUGUGAUCACCCUGGUGCCAUCGUAUAAUGCCCUAACUGUUUCUUAA